AUGACUCGUGAAAAAUCUGCUUCCCUAAACCAAAGCACGGUUCUUGUAACCGGCGACAGUGGCGGUCUCGCCAGCCAAAUCUUUCAGCUCUUCUCCCAGGGCGGCUGCAAGCACCUCCACUCCAUUGAUCUCCGCCAACCUGCCCAUCGCCUCGACGGAGUCACAUAUCAUAUAGGAGACCUCACGGACUCAAACGUAAUGCGCCGGAUCUUCCAAGAUGUGAAACCAAACCUAGUCAUUCACACUGCCAGCCCUAAAUUCGACUCCCCGAAUCAUAUCAUGUACAGAGACAAUUUGGAGGGCACCAAAAGCUUAAUACAGGUCGCCAAAGAAUCUAGAACCCAGAGCUUCGUGUACAUGAGCUCUGCGAGCGUCAUCAGCGACGCCAAGACCGAUUUAAGGAGUGCCGAUGAGACGUACCCAAUUAUCCUUGGUGACAGGCAGCCUGAGUUCUACUUGUAUACCAAAGCUCUUGCAGGGACGCACAUUGGGGAUAAUAGGGAUCUGUUCGAUUUUACAAAGAGUAAGAACGUCGCGCAUGGGCAUUAUCUUGCUGCCGAGGCACCGGUAAAGCACCAGAAGGAGUUGCCUCUAGAUAGUACCAAGGUCGACGGAGAGGCGUUCUUCAUCACAAACGAUGAGCCUCGCUGCUUCUGGGAUUUUACGCGGCUAGUUUGGCGAUAUGCUGGGGAUACAACGCGACCAGAUCAACUAUGGGUGAUUACUCGCCCGUGGGUGUUACUCUUGGCAGGGAUAUUUGAAUGGGUGUUUUGGGCACUCAGGUUGGGUGAACCACCUUUGACGAGGACUAAGGUUCGGCUUAGUUGUAUGACCAAAUAUUUUUCUAUCGCCAAGGUGAAGAAAAGACUCGGGUAUAAGCCGUUUGUUGGGCUCGAAGAAGGACUGAGACAAGCGGUGGAGGACUGUGUACUGCGUCAGAAAACAUCAUAA